GUGAAUAAACCUUUAUCAGGACAGUCUCAGCUAGCAGGACAUCAGACAUGGCGGGGUUUGUGACGGCAGCUGCUGUCUUCAUCUGUGUGGCGACAUCUGUCUUGGCACAGAGCGGCGACACAGCACAAAAUGACUGCCCAUACGUCUGCCAGAUGAAGGAGGGGUAUACCGAGGGAUGUGGUUGGAUGAACUGGUCCAGAUGCUCCAAGUAUAGGAUGAAGACGGACAUCUGCCACAAGCCUUGCGCGUCGACGACAACGCCGACAGCAACAACUACAACACCGCAGUGCACCCAGUUCCCUUGUCUCAUGUUCGAGGACAACUUUAAUACACUCGACUUUAAAGUGUGGGAGCACGAGCUCACGGCUGGAGGUGGCGGGAAUUGGGAGUUUCAGUUCUAUACCAAUAACCGCACAAACAGCUACGUCCGUGACGGCGUCCUUUACAUAAAACCCACAUUGACGGCGGAUCAGUUUGGGGAGGCCUUCCUCACAUCCGGGAAACUUGAACUGUGGGGCGGUGGCCCUCACGACACCUGCACCGGCAACGCCUUCUACGGCUGUGAACGUGUCGGCAACGAUGUUUACAUCAUCAACCCCAUUCAGUCCGCCCGACUCAGGAGUUCCAAGGGUCUAAACUUCAGAUAUGGCAAGGUGGAAAUUAGGGCUCAGCUCCCCAAGGGAGACUGGUUGUGGCCAGCCAUAUGGAUGCUGCCCACCUACACGGAGUAUGGCCGAUGGCCGGCGUCCGGCGAGAUUGACAUCAUGGAGAGCAGAGGUAACCGACAGUACUACGACGCCAAUGGUCGUUCUGUUGGUGUUGACUCCUACGGCAGUACACUCCACUUCGGACACGACUACUUCAACAACGGCUGGUCACGUGCCCACCAGUCUUGGGUCAAAGAGACCGGAACUUACGGAGAUGAGUUCCAUACGUACGGAGUCAUAUGGGAUGAAGACGCCAUAACCUUCACGUUUGACGGGAGAGAGACGCUGCGUGUGGACCCUGGCGAGGGCGGCUUCUGGGGGUUCGGGGAAUUCAACCAGACGGUCUUCGAAAACCCAUGGAGAAGCGCCCCUAAGAUCGCUCCUUUCGACAAGGAGUUCUACAUUGUCUUGAACGUCGCUGUCGGCGGUUUCAACUACUUCAACGACUACAACAACACCGCCUACCCAAAGCCAUGGACGGAUGCGGUUGCUAAACAGUUCUGGCAGGCCAAGGAUCUGUGGUACCCCACAUGGAACCCCGACGUGAGGGGAGGGGAGGACGCCGCCCUUAAGAUAGACUCUGUUAAAGUCUGGAAACUAAAAUAAAAUCCAACUGGAAAACAGACACUGUUCGAAACGAAAGCAUGUGUCGUUAUUAUUUGAAGACCACAUAUACUCGCUAAAAACUCUCACGUCGAAUUACUGUAACACGGUCAACAUCUAAAAUUGCGUGUCACUAUCUCAAAUAAAUAAAUAUUCAACGCAA